AGGGCCGCCCAUAUUUGUUGGCGUAUACAAAAAAGAAGUGUUGUGGCGUCAAGGAGUGAAGACUAUGGACAAUGGAUUGUGCUAACCCGACAUCGAUAAAAGACUUUCCCAGUAGAAACGUGUUGCAUUACUCUUCUGAACAGCUUUGAAAUUCAUUAACAAAUUGCAGGAACAUUCUCCGGAAAACUAUUUACCAAUUACAAGACAAGUGUGCGUUCAUCCCUCUACAAAGGAUUUCAAAACAUUGCUUCGUCAACGAUCUAUUUAGACCGUCUUCAAACCCUCGAUCACAAUGAAAUACAGGCAUACAGUUGGUUUUGCAUUUUGGACAGCCAUGCUGAUGAUUUUACCUGCAUUCGGCAGUUAUGCUGACGAUGAAAUAGCAGAGCUGAUAAAUGAAGCAGAGGAUAAUCGAGCGGACUCUGGGCCAGAUUAUACGUCGCUAAAGGAUCUAGCUAUGCUACAAGACAGCUUAAGGUCAUAUCAAACCAUGAACGAACCGUCUGAAGCUGUCUUCAAUAACGACAAUAGCAUAAUUCCAGGACUGCGAGAUGUGUUCAUGUUAAUCGCCUCCAAAGGUCUGAAGGAUGUGCAUCGACGCCAUUGGCCUCGCAGCAGAAAAACAGAAUUAAUUCCCGAUGGUUUUUCAAAGAGAUUCAUGUGUAAUUAUGAAGGUUGCAGUGGUAAAAGAAGUAUUGAGAAUGAAAAUAACUUUCAAGGCAAGCUCCAGAGGUUUUCAGAAGGGAAUACAGAAAAUCCUAAGUAUUAUUGUACUCGCAAUAGGUGUUUUUACCAAAGAAGACGAAGGAGUGGUAUACAAGCUAAGACAUACAGAGAUAACUUUAACCUGUCCAGUGCGAGUAAGGAAAAUGCAAAACAAAGAACAAAGUGUAUUGGAAGAAUUUGCAGAAGAAAUCAAAGAAAACAUUUGGGAGAUAUUAAAGAUAUUUCAAAACUACCUCGAUCUAGUAAUUACAAUACCAUCAAUGAAUCCAGGUGUAAAGGUCUUAACUGUAUAGUAAACGCCCGGAACCCGUCAAGCGAUAUCAAUAGAACUCCAGAAAAUGCUAACCUAAAAGAAAGUAUGAGGCGAAAGCGGGCAGUUCGAUCAUGCAGAUCAUUUCAGUGUUUAUUCUUGGGAACACUAAGCAAACUUCGAUAUAGAGCUUUUGAUAACGAAAAUGAACACCCAAAAUAUGAUGACAGAAACGCGUUAGACGACACUUACAAAGGAACAAGCCUAGAGGACAACCACUUAUCACAGUUGGAAAAGUUCUUAUUCCAGCAAAUUAAUGGUGAUCCCAAAUUAAUUCAUAACCGCCAUCUAAGUACAAUUGUGGCUGGACCAUGUAUGAAAAAUCCGACGAGUUGUACGCACCGGGUUGAAGAUAAAAAGACGAUUUCUUCUUUAGAUUGAUUCCAGUGAAUGGCAUCAUUUUAUGGGCCGAUUGUUUCAUGGACAUACUUGUUAUCUGUAGUACUUUUCAUUACUACUUAGACAACUGGAUCACCUGUUCUUGUUUUACUUGAAUAUAUCAGCCCAUCAUAAAACAGUUCACCUUCAAAAAUUAACAACAAUUCCGUUAACAACGUCGUGUAUUGUUACAAAGUUCUGAGCAAUCGGCCCAUUGUGUCAAUCUACAACCAUAACAAAAUAGUUCAGUUCCAAUAUUAAGUCCAUAGUUGUAAGCUAGCGAUAUACUUCUUUCUGUUAAAGCCUUAUUAAAUAAUCGUUUAUUUUCAUUUCAUUCAUUAGCGACUAGAAUCAAAUUUGUUCAGCAUCUUUGUUUAAAAACGGGCAAAUUUCUUUACAUGACUCGUAAUAUGUUUGUUACUUUGUUAUUUUAGAUUAGCUUGAAUCGCAUUUUAUGUUUUCAAUAUACCUUUAGGUGUUGUUGGGAGUUUGCUAUUGUUUUAACAGUUAAACCAAUACUUUAAAUAUCCUUAGCUCUCUUAAAUAUUGAAUAAAUCCUGUAAUUUGUAAAAUACAAUUUAAAAUCAAUAUGAUUAAAUAUGACUCAAAUA